AUGGCGAUAAACAAGAAAGUAACCAGUCGUUUGAAUAAUGAUAUCUUUCUUAACUUCCUCCAUACAGAAGACACACUUCUGCUGGUGUCGGGUGUUCCCCUGAGAAACGGCGACAGUCACGUGACUGAGGUCGCUGACCUGUGUCUGAGCCUGAGGAACCGGAUGUCGUCUGCGUGUCUGGACGUUCUGUCAGGACGCGGGAUAGGACUCAAAUUUGGCGUCUGCACGGGCUGUGUUGCUGCUGGUAUUGUUGGGUUGAAGAUGCCGCGGUACCUUCUCUUCGGCGACACCGUCAACAUGGCAUCCAGGAUGCAAUCAACAAGCAAACCGCAUGGUAUCCACCUGUCCCCAUCCAGUGCAGCAUUGCUCCAACAUCGUCAGGUGUACUUAAUGGAACCCAGAACACCUGUACAAAUUAAGGGCAAAGGCGUCAUGGAAACAUACUGGUUGCUAGGGAAGAUCCCGCCUCCAAGGGAGACACCUCUGUUUGUUUCAACUGAACUCUUUUAA